CAGAGUGGUACGGUAAUACUGUCAGAAGGUUAAAGUUCAUACCAAAGAACAACUAUACUAGCUCCGGGAAAGUCUUUGUUGAAAUGUAUUUUGAAGAUUGGAAAAGACAUGACAGACUCCAACAAGAUGAUCAUCAACUUGGCCCUCUUUGGCAUGACUCAGAGUGGAAAAAGUUCUGUUGGGAACAUUCUGCUGGGAAGCUCUGACUUCCACAGCAGCUUUUCUCCAUGUUCUGUGACCAAAGAUUGUUGUCUGGGUCGCAGUUGUCACCUCUGUGGCUUCAUGCGUCGAGGGGGACAAGAGAUAACCCUGCAGAUUCAGGUGUUGGACACUCCAGGUUACCCACACAGCAAGUUGAAUCAGGAGCAUGUGAAACAGGAGGUCAAGCACGCCCUAGCACAUCACUUCGGGCAAGAAGGUCUCCAUCUUGCACUGCUGGUCCAGAGAGCAGACGUGCCAUUCUGCGAACAAGAAGCAUCUUCCUUAGUCCAGAUGAUUCAGGAACUUCUGGGACAUGCUUGGAAGAAUUACACUGCCAUUCUUUUCACCCAUGCAGAAAAAAUAGAAGAGGCUGGGUUCAGUGAAGAUGAAUACUUGCAUGAGGCCCCUGAAACACUGCUAACGGUGCUAAAUUCUAUUCAGUGCAGAUAUAUUUUCCAGUAUAAAAAAGAAAAUUCAUUUAAUGAACAAAGAUUAAAAAUGUUAGAAAGAAUCAUGGGAUUUAUAAAAGAAAAUUGUUACCAAGUUCUUACCUUUAAAUAAAAUUUAGAUAAAAGGAAAAGAGCUUUGGGUUUUAGAGUCAGAAGCCUUGUUUUAAACAGCUUUGUUACAAUGGAUGAGGACUGUCAGAAUUCCCACAGGCUACUGGUAAGAGUGUACAUUCGUAUAAGCAGUUUUGGACAACUGUUUUGCAGUUAAGAAGAAUAUAAAAUAAUCAAGACCUCUAAUGCAAAUCCUAUGACACAGCAAUUGCCUUCCCUUUAAUUAUAUAUUCAGCAGAAAUGUGUAUAUUUCUGCACUAAAAGACAUGUAUGUACAAGAAUACUCAUAGCAGUACUUUUGCUAAUAGCUAAAUAGCUUUUAGAAAUUAUCCAAAUGUCUAUUAACAGUAAAGUGGAUAAGCAAAUUGAGGUAUAUUUACACAAUGGAGUAUUAUACAGUAAUGAGAAUGAGCGAACUACAACUACAAGGAACGAUAUCCAUGAACUGCCCAAACAAAAAGUUUAAAGAAGCCAGACAUAAAAGAGUAUAUAUUAUAUGGUUCCAUUUGUAUAGAGUCCAAAAACAGUCAAAACUGAUGUAAUAUAAACUACUCUGAUGUUAGAAGUGUUGGAAAUCUGGAAAGGUCACUCUUGGGGAGGGGAUAAUAAGCAUGCACUGGGCAGCUUCUGAGAUUCUGGUAACGUUUUGGUUUUGACCUGGAGGCUGGUUUCAGUGUGUUAGCUUUGUGAAAAUUCAACAACAAACACUUCUGAUUCAUAAACUGUUUAGUAUAUCUUUUUUAUCUAAAUAAAAGUAAAAUGAAUAAAUUAUUAUCUAUAUUUUCAAAACUUCCUCCACUGCUUACUUGAUACUAGACAAGGAAAACUAAUCCUGUGAAAUCCUCAUAUGGAGUAUCUACUUGAUAGUUACUGUAAUGAUUAAACAACUUGGCUCAUGGUAGAUGCUCAAUAAAUGUUAACUUUCUUUUCUGCCAUCUUAUGAUCUGUGGUUCCUAUUUAGGGUUGGAAAUGUAGGUAAAGAUUCACAGCCAAGCCUUACGACACAAAUAAGGGUAACAAUUUUUAUAACCAAAUAUGAAUAGAGCCUUGGCUGAAAAAGCAGCUUCUCUACCUUGAAGAUUAGUCACUGGCUUUGUAGAGAGCUCC